AGAAAACGUUCGUGGGUGAAGAUGGACCCGCCCCCCGUACGACUAGCAGGCCGUGGGUUGUUGAGGCAUCGGGGACCAGGGCUGCAGGCCUCUGCCGUGCAUGGUCGUGGCACCCCCGGAAGCAACACGACCACCACACACACAAACGACGGCAACCUCCCGUACGUAAUCUCGCAAGUUAUCGGAAGUGAAAACAAAAUCUUUAUCGCGGUCGUGCCAAGAAUAGUCGGCGUGUCUCAAAUGCAGCCACUGGAGAUGCGCCGUAUAGUUGAUCAUGUGAUGCAAAUUUGUGAUGCGUAGCAAGAAAUCAUGCCAACUCAAACAAAAGUAUAUGAAAAUAGGAGCGCGAUAAACAUGGUUUUUUCUUCAAGUCAUACGGCGGACGACUCGUCACAGUGCAGCCCCGCCAGCGCGCGUGCUGCAUAAAACCAGUCCGGUUAGCGCCGCUUUUGGGAGCGAUCGAGGAAAAAGUCAGGUACGCUUACGAUUUUUUUUUUCGUGUGACCAAACGACUUUGUUGGCUGAAGGUGACAGCGAAUGGCAACUCAUCCAUCUUCAUUGUGAAGAAUCGUUUGAGCAUAAAAAUAUUUCACAACCACAAAAAUGUUCCGCUCGAAGGUUCCGGCAGGCCAGAUUCGAACUCGUUGCAAUGACCCGUCCAUCGGUGGCCAAGACGCGAAUGGACCCGGACUGCAACUACACCUCUCGGGCCUGGAAAAGUACGCCGGAAAACAACGCCUGUGUCAGGGAAACGCCGGAGUUUGUCUUGCUGGUCUUCAUAUUUCGGUCUGCACACCAGUGGACACAUUAGCACAACGAUCAGCUUCUGGAACAAAUAGACGUUGACUCGGUAGACAGGAGCAUUGCGAAGAAACAUCCUAGGUUGAUGUUUGGUGUCGUACUGAUAGAGCAUCGGACACUGAUACCUUUUGCUGUGCAGAACGAAACAAAUGAGCCUUGUCAUGCGAUCAAGAACUGUGUCGUGCCUUCUCUCUCCUCCCGAUGAAAGAGCAAUCCAAACAACAGUUCCUUCCCCGACACUAGCCACAGAUUUUCCGUGCAUAGCAAAGUCCACCCCACCAGCCCAAUGAUCACGAGGGCUUCCCGAGCCAAACUGCGCAUCAUCCCCGGCGGGGUGGCGUCAGAGCGGACUGGGGCGUGUGGUUCGGCGGGAGUAGCGGCAAGUGACCCCGGUCGACCAGACCUAAGCUGUUUCCUGAGCUGCGUAUCAAAAUGCAAAACUUCCCUCCCCGCAUUCAAAAGGAGAUUUGUGUAGGGUGAUUUGUGAUCAAAAAUCAGCUUGUCGUGCCAGAACGGAAGAGGUGCGGAUUGUGGUCUUGGCUGGCACUGGAUAGCCUCUUGUCCUCAGGAGCAUGACAGGAUAGAGCUGGGCUGCUGAGAAUAGCAUGACAAAUUGCCUGCGAUUGAGGCCACAAGUGCGUCUCUUGGCCUUCUAGCAAUUCAAGUCUGUCGAUAAGUUUUUGGCUACACGGAUUGCGCAUCACAAAUUUGCUCUUGAAACUGGGGAACGGCGAUUUUUCCUCCCAAUACUUCGAAUCGCUUGCCCAUGACGUCUUGGAAGUCGUCAUCGAGUACUGCUUGUAUGCACGACAAAUGUGUCUGGGCUUUGAAAAUUGUCAUGCUAACCCAUGAAGAACGCCGAACGCACCACAAUAGGUACCCAGGCAUGACACGUUGUUGGGGACCGCGGUGGUGUCUCUGCCGCAUCUUUGCAACGCAAACGAGUUGGCGUGAGGCUGAGGCCUCGUAACAUGCAUGACAAGAAUCCGCACGGGCGUGCCAGACAAGCACCAGAGUCUUAUUUGCUUGCAAUCUUCCAUACCCAGACAUAUUUGCAAUGUAUCGCUGAUUUCAUCACACGACCACAUCCAACUACAAGGUGACACACGUGUCCCGCUUCGCCAUCCUAUCAGGUGCAAAUAUGCCUGGGUCUGGAAGGCUCCAAACUUGUCAUGCUAAAUCUGAAUCGUGCAAAACUCUGGGUUGCAUGAGCCACAAAAGUGAGCUGCUUCUUGUCACACAAAAGAAAAAUUUUUCAUGGGGACUAGGCAUUUAAGCAGCUCUUGUGCCUUCUGUAAUGCUUUGUGUUGCAUUCCAUACUAUCUUUGUGGCGGCCCACGAAAUGCAUGACAAACUUUGCUCCCUUCCAGACACCGAGAUAUUUGCACUGGAUAAGUCCGGGAUUUAGCAAAUUUUGACGGCAAAAUCUGUAUCAAAACGGCGAGCAGCAACCGCAGUGACGUGUGCUUGCAGCUGAAGGCCAAGCAUGUGCAGCAAAAGGAUCCUGGCUUGGCUACGGGGCCGGUAUUUUUUUCAUUAUGCUUCAAGGAGACAGUCGCUCCAGGUAGUCCUGGUAGCGCAGAUCAUGCACAAAGAAGUACACAUGCAGGAACCCUAACGUCUCAAUUAUAGUAUUUUCUUCAACAUCUUCCAGGAACCUGCCACGGCGUCUUCUUCGCACGUCUUUGCAGAAGGAGGGGGAAGCCAUGGAGGAUUAGUCCAACCAGUUGCGGAGAGGCCUGCAACGUUGAGCCACCCGGGCCAGGUACGGCUUCUCCGGAGCAUUGGUUGCGAGCAUGAGAGAUCUCCCGAAGGGCUUCUUCUGUGUCGAUGAGCAUUUUGCUUGCAGUGUAGCUAGAAGCUCGGAAUGUCGUGCAUAAUGCAUUUGCAACCUCCGAAAUUUGUCCCGGGAAAGUAGCUUCAUUUACGAACAACUUUUGAAAUAGGUACCUGGUCGUACCGCCGGAGCCACACCGCCACCGUCCGCUGCUGGUGGUCCCUCGAACAGGAAAUCGAACAGCAAACUGGUUGCGCCUAGUAGAAAAACGCAAACGGAGCAGCCACACGCGCACACGUCGUCGGGCAACGAGGUGAGCUACUAUCUUGUUGUAGCUCAUGGUGCAAUACAACUCUGCUGAAGUUUCCAUCUUCCUUUUUCGUUAAAACAACCUGCAUGAAUUUCCACCGAAGCCUCCUUCCUAACGGUUUGCAGGUGCGUGCCUUCCGGAACGAUGGCUCAAAAUUUGGUGCCCCGAGCGGUGAACUGCAACUGGAACUGCCCCCGACUGUGCAUGAGUGUUUGGGACCGGUGGCGAACGAACACGUACUAUUGAAUUCUCUCGAGGUCACCUUCGGGGAUAAUGGUUUGAAAAACAGCAUUUCAUUUUCUCAAGCAGCACGCAGUCUUUCCUCGACAGAAUAUGGUUUUCGGAUCCAGCUUCAGAUCCGCGCUGCAGCACAGAAAAAAUGGCAUGAAAAAAAAUUAUAAACGAACUCCAGGUUACGUUUCUACCCGAGCCGCAGCAUCCAAGGCGGAUUUUGGACCGUCAAGGGGAGGUGGAACCGUUGCUGAAAUCCGAUGUGACGGAGCUUUUGUGGGCACCGGCGGAUGAUCAGACCACAACGAAAAGUGGACACGGUGGGCUCUCGAAAGAAAUGUUGCACAACCUGCUGGACGCGCCCAGAUCGCAGAUGCAGUUCGCGGCACCGACCUUCCACCAGGGGCCAAAAUCUGCAACGGCGGAACCAGAAACGGACAGUACUGCGAUCGGGCCGGCCCCGACCUUCACCUCUAGCAGACGAAGCUCAACCACGUCGUCGAUGCCCGUUCCACACGAAGAGGUAUCUAUUCACAAGAUGAUUUGUUGCACAUGCAGAAUCUAUGAGUAGAACUGGGCGUCAACGUUGCAUGUGAUAUCCGGCAUGACCACACUCGCAUGCGACUUCUCUCAGGAGAGAAAAUUUCCACAUCUUCUGCAGGUUUCUGGGGCUCCGGAGAUGGAAAUGCAAGCCUUACUCAAGGACAUGAGAAGCAAGAUCGUGUGUCUCGAGAACCGGGUAGGCACCCUGGAAGGGCUAUCAAAUGAAAAAUUGUAUAAUUAUCAUGCUGCCUGUGUGAUGCAACUAAGAAGGAACAACUCGUGGUUUUUUUAUAUACACCCCUCCUGGUUUCGAUGAGAACAGUGCGUGUAUGGAGUAUCGUUUUUAGGUGAGAUGUGUCGCAAAACGACUUUGCAUCAUAGAAAACAAGUAGAGACUAGAUGCGCGGGGAACACUUACUUUUAUCGCGUCCAAAGCUGGACUUGCAUUAAGAUGUUGCAAGUGGCAUGAAGGCGAAGUUUUUCAAUUUGAUACACGGAGCACGGGAACACCAAAUCCGAGCUGCAGGAACAAAAAUCCGAGCUGAAGAAACAAGGGGAGCGUGUGACGACCGUAGAGAACGACGUGCAGACUCUCCGUUUACGCACUGCAAAUAUUAUCCCUGGGUUUGCAACAAAGUGAUCAUACGAGAUCGUCGUGGACGAUGAACAGUCUUGUAGACUACACUGCACAGCCAAGUCUGAUAUUGGUUUUUGUCAUUUUGUCUUGCGGGAUCCACGUACAUUAUGAUGACAGGUCGCGUUAAGUAUGAUCGUACCAACCACAAGAAGCCAAUCACAAGUAUGAUCGUACCAACCACAUGCCAGAGGGUACUAAGUACAACCACACCAGCCAACAGGCAUCCAUCCCACUGUUGCAGACUCCAGGAAAUAUUUGCAAUGCAUAGCAUGAGGAUCUAAAAGAGUUCCAUAUCGAAUGAAAAACGCACUCUAAUAUCUACUUCAAUUGAUUGACCAGUUAUCUGCUUUCGGGUUUUACGUUGCAUGAAACGAGAAUGCGUGAGCAGAACAUUCCUCACUGACUUCUUAUUUACGCCUAUGAUAGUGCUGUAGGAUUCAUCUUCGCUAAACAUCCGAGUUUUUAAGUUUCGCUGUGCAAUCUCGAGAUAAGCACGAGUGCAUUUUUCUGUACGAUAGAGGAAAGUGUCGUUGUGAAAAAAUUUUUAGAACACGAUAAAUCUGUAUCAAAAUGAAAUGUCGCCCUCUGCAUGCGCUGAAGGAAAUCUUCCAUGCAUGACGACGAUAAAACUUCAGCGGAAUGGGCAGCAACUUGAAGUGCUUACUUCAGGAGCCUUCGCGAGGAAGGGCCUCCUAAGUACGCAUGACAAUUGCGAACUCGCCUGUGAUUACACAUUCACUUCAAAUUUCACGAUGCAGAGGGGGCGAUUUCAUUUUGAUAAGCUGCGGCCAGAACCCAGUUGGCCACAGAGCUGAUCGUCGUGGAGCAGCAGCGGGAGCAGUUAAAGCGGCAGUUUCCAUUUAUCGUGUGCUAACGUGGACCUCUACCAGCUUUGACAUCUGUGAUUUUUUGGUCUCAGAAACGAAAACUUGUUCUACCUGCACUGAGCACGACACGAACACAGCUAUCACUCCGAUCGGUAAUAAUCGGACUUGGUAUCAUGACAGCGACAACUAUGUUUAUGGGCAUGCCGGAUUUGUUCGCGCAGGUGCAAAUUUACCAGUGUGAGGGUAUUUUUUUUCCUGGGGGCCGGGAAACCAGGAAAACAAAAGAUGCCAAUGCUCGUACAGGUCGCAUUUUUCUCCAGGACCCGCCUUCUCCCGCACGCAGCUGCCCUCCACACCGCAGUGUAUCAAAUGCAAAAGUGUCUGCGUCUGGAAGGAUGGAACUUGUGAUGCUGCAUUUGGAUUCCGAAAAAAUCUGUAAUGCAUGAGCAGCAAAGCGAGUGUAUUUUUUCCUAGGGGAAGAGGGCAUUUGUCAUGCGAAAUACGCAUCCAGAAGCCCUCAAAAAAUCUCUUGUGCUAGGGCAUGCAUCAGAGACGUCACUGCUUAUGCAAAACUUGCAUGACAAGUCUGGUUUCAGAAUCUUCCAGACCCAGACACUUUUGCAGUUGAUACAGUGACGCAUCUGACGAACCUAUCCUGCACAAAAACGUCCCCACCCAUCUAGAGUUGUUCUGUAAAUCUGGCAUGUGCAGAAGUGAAGAUGAGAAGGCCCAGGUGUGCAUGUCAUUAGUGCUGUUAAGGAUGUUGUCAUGCGCGAAUCAGGAUAAGAAAGCGGAUUCUGAGAAACGACCAAUGUGACCAUUGAAGCCAAACUUCACUACACUGCGGACCCAAAAGUGCUAUGCACAACUCCCACGGCUGCUCAACAGUUUGUAUUGCGUUGCAGAGUUCCCAUGUCGAGUACUGGGUGGGUACGUUUUUUGACAGGAUGCGAUCUGCUGUGGGGAUUGGAUGCAAGCAGCGGAUCGGUACCGGUAAAAAGCGAGAUCGACAAGCGCUGGAAAUCAGCGAAGUACGCUCUGAUCGCAUCAACCAACCCGGUAUCAUAGCCAAAAGACUUCUCCGUCCCAGGCAGAAGGUGUACGAUGUCAUUUGGACAUUGUGAUUAGCAUAUUUUCGCAGGCCUUUGACGAUUAUCUCAACUUCGCGCAUGCUACAAAUAUAUAGCACACAAGAUCUUGUAUGUGUCCAGGACUGGAAGGAGUUUGACUAUGAUACGCGGAUAAUUUCGCGGUUUUUCAGCUGCAGCGUAGCUGCGAAAGGGCUGUAAAGACUGCUUAUGUUGCACAAAAUUUUUUAUGGUCAUACCAGAGCACUGUUGUGGUCUACGGCAUGAUCUGCAACAAUAAGUCAUGUCUACGCGAACACAGAAAUUGGUUUCUGCUGAGUAACGAAGAUGCUCUUUUCCACCUCGCACGGCUGACUUCGUAUCGUGAGUGGCUGGGAACGAGUCAGUGAAAGUCCCGUUGCUUUGUGAAAAAAAAACGACCGAUUCUUGUAGCCAUGAAGAGGAUCUCGCAUGGAUCAUGUCGUAGAAUAAGCGGGAGUGUACAAAUAAUAUAUAAGGAUGUAUGACCAUGGCAUUAUUUUUGCGUCGGAUAUUGCCAGUGGUGAGGCCGAGAGGCACCACGGCAAGGUGGAUGGGAGGAAGUUUGAGGAUGCCGGGGAGUCGGCUAAGUGAGCGACUUCUUCGUCUCAUAUACGUGGGGACUUCCGAAAAGAAUGUCUCAGUUUUAUCAGAGUCGAAGCAAAGUUGCAGCUUGAGAUUAUGGUUUCAAAAUACAAAACUAGAGAAACACGCAUUCGUGAUUUGCGGAUAAAGAGCUUCUGUUUGAGAUUAUUUAAAUAGUUUUAUAACAAAAUGAACAGCUGUGCCAUUGCUAUUACUCAUCUUCAAAACGCAGAUUCCUAGAAAAUACGAUUGCCGUGAAAUGAAAUUAAAUGAAGGCUCUUCUUUGCACAGAAAGUUAUCAUCACGAUUUCCUCGUCCAGAUAAUGGGGACAGAUACAAAGUUUUUGUUGAUUAGGAAACCUACACAGAAAGUUAUCAUCACGAUUCCCUCGUCCAGAUAAUCAUAAUGGGAACAGAUGCAAAGUUUUUGUUGAUUAGGAAACCUGCACAGAAAGUUACCAUCACGAUUCCCUCGUCCAGAUAAUGGGCACAGAUACAAAGUUUUUGUUGAUUAGGAAACCUGUAUCCAGAAAAAACGCCACCACGCUUUCGACCUUCACUUACGUUCCUCUAGUAGGGAAAAUUUCGUCGAAGAGCGCUUUUGCGUUUAUGGAAAAAUAAAUGUAAGAAAGCCCCGAAGAUGGCGUUUUUUCUCAAAUCAACGUCACCCGCAGGUAAUCAAUAUGAAGCGAACAGUUUUUGUGGAAUUUUGUUACGAUUCUUGUUUUAUUUCAAAAGCUGCCGGAAUAAUUCCAUAAACUGGCGUGGCAUUCAUUCGGCCCCAAUAUCACAAAAGUCCGCUGGGACAAAACAAGCAACUACUUACUUCGUGCACAGUUCGGCUGCGCCGGUUGUGAUGCUUGAGAGAGAGAGAGAGAGGACUAGGCAGGAACAGACACGCACUUUCUCAAAACUAAGUAAGAAUGUUUGGAGUAAUUAGAAUAUGCAAAGGCUUCAAUGUAACUCAUUCGUCUUCUGAAAUCGAACUAAAAGGAGCGCGAGCUCAUACCCCUACGAACUUGGGCUAAAAAUGCAAGUCUGUAUGUAAACACAACGUUAGCGGUUGGGAAAACUAGCAGAAAGCCCUGCGUGGUUUCUGGAUUUAGUACGAAGUCGAAUACAACUCCUGUAACAUACAGAGGACAUCAGCCCACUCGGGAAUACGAACGAAUAAUCUGAAUCAGGUAUGUUUAUGUACAACAAGCAAUGUUUGUGAAAAAUAACAAGAAGCGAGCUGCCC